AUGCAAGUCAUCGAAGACAGUUGCUUUGAGCAGGUCGGCGGCCGCUGCAAACUCAAAUGCGACCCACCCGUGAGCCUCCUCAAGGGCGACAUUGUGGUCGCCGAAAGGCUGAAGCAGAUCAGACAGCGGCGCAAGGAGCGGGAGGAGCUGAAACGGAGACGCCAAGAGAAGAACCUGGCACUCGUGAGGGACUUCCUGGCCAGCAACAAUUUUGACAAGGAGGACCUGAAUGCUCCGAAGGUCGAGUGCUUUGGCCUUCGGAAAUGCUACCCUCUCCAAAGAGCAGUGAAGGACGAGAACAUGGACAUGGUGCGGUUACUGCUUCGAUUUGGGGCAGACCCGCAAGUGAAAGACAUGUCCGCGAUAUCAAGCUGA